GCUAGAUGUCACCGCUGGGGCUGAUUUUGGGAGACAGAGGCCUUUUUGCCUGGGCUGGGCUGUCCGCUGGAACUGCUCCUGUCCAUUUAUCACGCAUCCCACCUCUUCAAAACCAUUCGUACAAAACAAUCCUCUCCGAACCCAAUAUCUUCCAAGAGGCCUAGAAUCAAACGUGGGCUCAUCAGCUAUAGCACUCUCCCUCAUGUGCCCUCGAUUGCUCGUCUGCUGUGGGCGGUCAGGUACUGUUCUGUAGCAGCGACGUCGCCUAUCAGGUACUGUUCUCGCCUCUGGAACUGAGUCGUUAAAUCUUUCGUUCCAGAUCGAUACCGUAUCGCGAUUGGGUACGCUCGAUCCAGAUCGAAAUUCGUAGGGGGUGAGCGAAUUAGGAAACUAUGGUUUUGACGAGUGUGUGUACAUUGAGUGUGAGUAAUUGUUGCUUUACAGGUAAUGGAGGAGAGCCGUUGCAUCACCAGAAUAGGGUCCCCAAAAUUUGUCUUGAUGGGUUCCUGUAACAGAUAUGAAGAGGCUCACCAUCUUCUCAUUCUAUCGUUUUCAGAGCUCCUCUCAUCGUCCCUUCUUGAGUCUUGCUGUAAAUUCUUCGCUAUUCUUCUUUAGGAGAUGUAUAAGCCAUGGACUCUCGUCAGGCUCAACAAAUACGAGGCCUUUUCCUGAUUAUUCCCCAAAGAGACCGACCAUCAACGAUUCCGAACUUGUCCAACGCAUCUCCAACACAAUAAAGCUUCGCUGCUCUGAGCCCUUACGCCGUAUUUUGAAGCCUUAUGAAUCUCAGUUCAGGUCUGAUCAUCUUAUAUGGGUCCUCAUGAAUAUUAAGAAUGACUAUAAACUAGUUUUGGAUUUCUACGACUGGGCAUGCCUACGUAGGGACCCAACAUUAGAAUCUCGUUGCGUUGUUGUACAAAUUGCUGCGGCAUCCAAGGAUCUUAAAACGGCACAUGAGCUUAUUCAUAAGUUUUGGGCCAAACCCAAGUUAGAUGUUAGUGUUUCAUUCACUCACUUUGCUGAUCGGUUGAUAUACACUUAUAAGGAUUGGGGUUCAGAUCCCCAUGUGUUUGAUGUUUUCUUCCAGGUUAUUGUUGAAAGUGGGAUGCUCAAUGAAGCAAGAAAACUUUUUGAUAAAUUGUUGAGCUAUGGGUUGGUUAUCUCUGUUGAUUCCUGUAAUUUAUUUCUUACUCUCCUAUCAAGCACCUUUGAUGGGAUUGACAUGGCAAUAAAGUUUUUCAAUGAAUAUUAUGAAGUGGGUGUUCAUUGGAACACCGCAUCAUACAAUAUUAUCAUUCAUUCUCUUUGCCGAUUAGGGAAAAUAAAAGAAGCUCACCAUUUACUCCUGCAAAUGGAGUUGAGGGGUUGUAUACCUGAUGUUGUAAGUUAUAGUACUUUAAUCAGCAGAUAUUGUUAUGAUGGAGAACUACAGAAGGUGUUGAAGCUUAUAGAAGAAAUGAAAAUAAAAGGAUUGAAGCCAAAUGCCUAUACCUAUAACAGCAUAAUACUUCUUUUGUGUAAGACUGGUAAACUAUCUGAAGCAGAAGUGAUAUUGAGGGAGAUGAUGGCUCUGGGAGUACUUCCUGAUAAUGUCGUCUACACAACUCUAAUUGAUGGUUUCUGUAAGAUGGGAAAUAUUCAAGCUGCAUGUAGGCUUUUUGACGAAAUGCGGCUUAGGAAAGUUAUCCCUGAUUACAUAACGUAUACUGCUAUUAUUCAUGGAUUUUGUCAAACAGGGAAGAUGGCAGAAGCAGAUAACCUCUUCCAUGAAAUGGUUAGCAGAGGGUUAGAACCAGAUGAAGUUACUUAUACAGCACUUAUUGAUGGCUAUUGCAAAGUAGGUGAGAUGAAAGAGGCUUUUUCUCUUCACAACCAGAUGGUUAGUAUGGGGCUUAGCCCAAAUGUUGUCACUUAUACGGCACUCGCUGACGGCCUUUGUAAACGAGGGGAGGUAGACAUAGCAAAUGAGCUUCUUCAAGAGAUGUGCAGGAAAGGCCUUCAACUUAAUGUCUUUACGUACAACUCAAUUGUUAAUGGCCUUUGCAAAUCAGGAAAUAUAGCGCAGGCAGAAAAAUUAAUGGAACAAAUGCAGGUUGCUGGGCCCCAUCCUGAUACUGUUACUUAUACUACUCUGAUGGAUGCAUAUUGUAAGAUAAGGGAGAUGGCUAAGGCACACAAUGUCUUGCGUGAGAUGCUCGAUAGAGGGCUUCAACCUACAGUUGUGACAUUCAAUGUGCUAAUGAAUGGAUUUUGUAUGUCAGGAAUGCUAGAAGAUGGUGAGAGGCUACUUAAGUGGAUGUUAGAGAAGGGUAUAGUGCCUAAUGCCGGCACUUAUAAUUCUCUCAUGAAGCAGUACUGCAUUAGAAAUAAUAUGCGUACUACAACUGAUAUGUAUAGGAGCAUGUGUGCUGGUGGGGUAGUGCCUGAUAACAACACCUAUAACAUUUUAAUAAAAGGGCAUUGUAAGGCAAGGAAUAUGAAAGAGGCAUGGUUUUUGCAUAAGGAAAUGGCAGGAAAGGGAUUUAUUCCCACAGCAAGUUGUUACAGUGCACUUAUUAAGGGUCUUUUUAAGAAAAGGAAAUUUGCGGAGGCAAGGGAACUCUUUGAAGAGAUGCGGAGACAUGGUGUAGUUGCAGAUAGAGAAACCUACAACAUUUUUGUUGAUAUGAACUACGAAGAAGGUAACAUGGACAUUACUCUUGAGCUCUGUGAUGAAGUUAUAGAGAAUUGUCUUGUGGCCAAACCCAAGAAUGAAGACACGUAGCUGAAUCAUGUGUGGUGCUCUAUUGAGAUCUUUUGGACAGAAAUUGUCAGUUUUGGUUUCUCUGAACUUGCAUAUCGGGUACUACCAUCAUGGUAAAUUUUCUCGGACCUAUGGGUUUUGUAUGAUCCAAGAAUGUUGCACAGUUUUUCUGAAAUGAUGAUGCUGAGUUCUUAAUGGUAUCAUUUCUAGGUUUUUUCUUGUUACGUGAUGAAUCUGUGCUUCCUACAUUAUGAGAUAUAUUUCGCUUUGUUAUCCAGGGACAGAGAUAUGCAAAGUACUGGGUAUCAGCAUUUGAUAUGAAUUGAAAGAUAGAUGAAGCUGGGCCCGUAGGGACUACACGUUCCAUAAACAUAUCCAAGGAAUCUCAAGAUGGUUGUUUUGUUCAAACGUUUGUCUGUUUGAAUUGCAUCACUGCUAAAAUGAUAAAAGAAGAUACACCAGCAGCAAUCAGUGGUAGAGUUGGAGUUGGGUGUUAUGAGCAGAGAAGAUGCAGGGGCGCUUGCAUCCCAGAAAGAAACAACUGAAGCUGCUAAUUCGGGGGAGGGCCAGCUUAAGACCGAGAGCCACUGAUGAGUGGGACGAAUGGUCCUUGUUUGACCGAAUCUAUUUCGACAUUAUUGUAAACAUAACUUAAGCACGUAUCAGCUAAGUGGAUCAGAGUUAAACAAACGAUAAGCAAAUUUUAUUAGCUGUUGGGAAUUGAUUCCCAAAUGAAUCAAUUAUGUGGCAAUUCAAAAGUUGACUUAAUUGACUUAAAUUUAUAGUAUAGAGU